CUGUCAAAUGGCUUGGUAAACGUAAUGGAUGUUCAAAUUAUUUUAUUUGGUUAAAAUACAGAUUAUUGUCCGUUUAAACAGUUGUUAUAACUUAAAUAAGGUGUAGGAAUAUUCAAUAAAUACUGGCAGACAUGGAUGACAUAGAAAAUAUAACCUGCAAAGAGGAAUUAGAAGCUAGUGAUGUUGAAAAUUCAGCCACAGAUGACCACAAAGAAAUUGAAGAGAAACCCCACUUGAAAAGAAAAAGACGACGCCGUGAAAUUGACAUGAUUAAAUUGUCAGAUGACGAUGAUUCGGAUGAUGAGGGCCUGGCCAAGAAGCUCAUUCGUCGGCUCAGUCCGGGCCCCGGGCCCAUCUCUCCUGCUUCUCACAGGGAACCUCGCACUUGUGUGCUUAAGGCUAGUCAGAAGCGGCGACCAUUAUCACGCCUUCUGGAACAGCUACUCCGCAACCUAGAGAAGAGGGAUCCCAACCAGUUUUUCGCAUGGCCGGUGAAUGACAACUUUGCACCGGGGUACUCAGACAUCAUUAGAAGACCAAUGGACUUUUCCACUAUAAAGCAGAAGAUUGAUGAUAAUGACUACAAGUCUCUCAACUGUUUUAUUAGUGACUUCAAACUAAUGUGCAACAAUGCAAUGAAGUACAACAAGCCCGGCACAGUGUACCACAAGGCAGCCCGCAGACUGUUACACGCAGGACUCAAACAACUCACUCCGCAGAAACUCAGGCCACUCGGGAACAUGCUCACCUACAUGUAUGAGAUACCUAUCAAGGAGCUCGGCUUCGACAUCGGCAAGAUGGAUGUGUCCCGCGCGGCUCCAAGUAGCGGCGGAGUGACGGUCCGUGUGUGGCAGCACAAGGUGCUGAAGCGCGGCAGUCCGCUGAAGUGUGGCGCCGAGCACGACGCCGAGCACGACGCCGAGCACGACGCCGACGGCGGCGCCGAGCGCGCCGGGGACUGCGUCAAGAUACAGAUGGAGGCCGCGCGGGAACAACAUCGCCGCCGACUCGCCAAGAAAGCGUUCCCCCGCAUGGACGCGGAAGGCAAGACGACGCUGUGUCUGGUCACCAACACCGUGGAGGGCUCCGGGGACGACAAGCCGCUCACUCUCGGCAGAUAUAUCGGCAAGCUCACACAGGGGACUGGCACCUUGCAUACGCCUCGCGAAGACCGCCGCAACGUGGCUAAAGGUGUGAAACCUUUGAACUACGGCCCCUUCAGCUCGUAUGCUCCUUCGUACGACGGCACCUUCGCCACGCUCACCAAAGAGGAGUCACAUAUGCUGUAUCACACACUGCCGUACGAGACUGGUCAGAGCACUGAGGAGCCGCUACGUUUCGCCCCGGACUCCCCGUGGGCUCUCAUAUACGACAUGGAGACACUCUUCCCGGAUAAGAAGCAGCAGGAACAAACACCACCACCUGAAAAUGACCUAUCAAAGGUGAAAGUGGACGUAGACCAGUUGCGCACGCUGUCGGAGCUGGGCAUCGACGUGGAGUACCUGCACGACAUCGAGGACGACGUGGUCGCCUCCCAGCACGACUACGGCAUCGGCGGGGCCCUGCGGCACACCACCGACCUACUCGCCAAACUGGAGAAGGAGCAGAGGGACAGGCUGUCGGCGACGUCCCCGUGGCACCUGUCGCUGGCGGCGCGGCCGGGCGCGGCGGAGCGCGAGCUGGCGCGGCUGGUGGCGGCGUGCCUGCGCGCCAUGGUGGCGCGCGUGCCGCCGCGACACGUCGCGCCCGUGCCCGCGCUCCGCGCCGCCAUGGGCGUCACGCUCGACCAUCUCGACACUCCCAUGGCCGUGGAUGACUUUGAAUUGGAAAUGAAUGAACAUCGGGACGUAGCGUCAGAUCCGGACUCGCGGUCGAGUCAUGACAAAUAACAAAUAGUAAAAAGAAUAGUAUAAAAAAUAGUUAUUGAUUAAGAGU